ACAAAAUCAAUAUACUAGUCAUUUCUACUAAAUACUCUACUCUCUAACCAUGAAAGUGCCAAUCUACAAACAAGUAUUAUCCUUCUUCUUAUCCAUUUUACUUCUCCAAUCCAAUGCUGUCUCGUGUGUACAAAAGUCAUUCGACCUAAUGAAACCAUGCAAGCAUUUCGUCCUCUACCUCCAUGACAUCACCUAUGAUGGUAAUAAUGCGGCUAAUGCCACGUCAGCAUCAAUCAUGAACCCUAUAGGAUUCGGAGACUUCAACUUUGGGAAGUUUGUGAUCAUGGACAACCCUGUGACAAUGGACGAGAACUAUCUCUCGGAACCAGUGGCUCGUGCCCAAGGCUUCUACUUCUACAACAUGAAGAUGAAUUUCAACGCUUGGGUUGCUUGGACAUUGGUAUUCAAUUCGACGAUGCACAAAGGGACAUUUACCAUAAUGGGUGCUAAUCCGUAUGCUAUGGAGAUGGAGCUAACCAGAGACUUAUCGAUCGUUGGUGGGACUGGUGACUUCCUCAUGACUCGUGGGAUUGCUACGCUCGAGACCAAAUUCGUUCAAGGCAGUAUGUAUUUCUGCGUAGAAAUGAAUAUUAAACUCUAUGAAUGCUACUAGUUUUGUGUCCUGGGGUUUGAUGUUUGUGUGUUAAACAUUUUAUUGCGCUUUGUCCGUUGGUUAUUGAUGUUGUUAUAAUAAAUCCCAAUAAAUUGUUAUUGAAUAAACCAGCGCGUUGUAAUGGUGUAUUGGUGUUGUAAAGUUUAACGUCAUAAAGUUUGUAUUAUGGGCCACUGUAAAACCCAAAACAAAAAAUAAGUUUUCCCGUCCCAAAA